AGACAUGUGCACAAACAACCACCUGAGAGCAAUCUGUGAAACCACUCCCACUCGUCGGGUCACUGUAAAUGACUUCUUAACCUUCUGCGUCAGUAGCAGCCAACACAGACGCCAUCGCUCCUGUUGUGGUGUUAGAGCAAAGACGACUGGACGCAACGGCUGAAGGCAAUCCAUGAUGGACUCCAGGUCUCGCAGACUUCCUUUCUGUCUGUCCAGUUCAGUGUCAUCCUACACUUCCAGUCCAGCAGUUUCCUCUUCGUCACUUCGCUCCAAUAGGUUGUACAAUAGGGACACGGUGCUGAAUAAUGACCGUUUCCCAAGGGCGUCAUCACCUUACAAAGCUGACCUCGACAAACAGAAUUCUCGUCUUCUAAGCUCGUCAAGGGACUACAGCAGCUCAGACAGUCGCUCUGCCAGCUGGAAGUUGCCCUCUAUAUCAUCAUCCUCCAGAUCUUACGAUCGUCCAUGGACUGAAUCCUCUCUCAGCAGCAGGAGCAAACUGACUGAUUCUGAGGCAAGGUUGGGGAUAGGAUCAGGUCUGUCAAACGUCACUGAUGAUGGCGAUACUAAGAGGGCCAAACUGUCUUAUAGCAACAGAGGACUUUACUCAAGAACAGCCGGCGCCUCCGUGACAGGAUCCACCUAUUCCAGUAAUGGGCUUAGCAGUGGCAGAGGUUCAGCUGCAAAAGAAAACGACUUGCUUGAUUCAUCGUGGAGCUCGAGCCGCUUGCUCUCGAGGUCGUCAUCUUCCUCCUACAAGCCGCUGUCGUCCAGGAGAGAAACGGAGGCGAAGAACGAGCCCAGCCUGUCGGGUUUGGGAGAAAGAAGAGUCAGGACUCCUGGAUCGGUUUCCUCAUUAUAUCAGACAGACAGGGUGACAUCCACAUAUGCACAGGGAGCACGCCCUAAAGAGACUACCUACUCCCCCUCCUCCUUCUCGGCCUCCUCCACCGCUAGAGAAAGCUCCUUAAAUCGCCACCUCUCGCCUUCCGCCUCCCACCGAUCUCCUCUGCCGCGGGACUUCGGCAGCAGAACCGCGUCUCGUUUCUUGAGCGGCUCAUCCUCCCUGCACUCAUCUCAGGAACAAACGGGAAGAUCUGCAUCCUCAGACGCCGCCUCCUCCUAUUCCUCCCACACUCCCCGUUACACCGCUCACCUGGCCAGACCGGAGGCCACGCUCCCUCCGAGGCCGGCCCCCGAAGGCGGCGAGCCGGAAGGUCGGCGUUCCACCCGCUGCUUUUUGUCUCGCCUCUUUUCGCGGCGCUCCAGCCAGGACUCCUCCAGCGGAUCGUCCAGCGCUCGCUCCCUUGACGACGACAGCCCGUCGACUGGGUCUGUGGACAGCGACGAGGGAGCCAGGAUCGGCGGCGUGGACCCUGACGCCGGAGGGUCAGAGAUGUCCCUGGGUGGCCUCAGGAAUCCUAGAGCAGACCUCACUCCUAUUCAGGAAAACAACAGCGAUGGCUAUCGUGGUGGCCUGACUCGGCCCAGAAUGGCAUCGUGGAGAGAGCCUGGCGUUGGCAGUAGUAAUACCAACAGCAGUGGAGGAGGCAGCAGCUCCUCCUGGCUCUCCUCCUCCCUCCGAGGCCGCUGCCCUCCUCUCCUCGCUCGCCUCAGAAGACACGCCAGGAACGAGAGCACGCAGUCGACGGCAGACUUGGAAGAAGGCUACAGCCGUCCGCAGCAUUUACUGAGAAGGUGGGAUGACCUUGAGCAUAAAGCCUCGCCGGAUGAGGAGGACGAGGACGAGGAUGAAGAUGACGACGACGACGACGAUGAUGAGGAGGAGGAAGAGGAAGGAGCAGUGGGCUUGGAGGCCUUCGGUGCAGGCCGUGCCUGCAGACUGGGGGAUGAAACGCUGCCUGAACUCGAGGACGUCGACUACUCGCCACGCCGUAGAGUUGGAGUGUAUGAAAACAUUUCAGUUCCUGUGGGUCCGUCGGGUGGAGAGAGCCACCCGGAAGGCCAGAGGGAAAAGGUCAUUUCCAGUAGGGAUCAAGAGAAGCUGCGGAAAAUCAAGGAGAGACUGCUGCUGGAGGAUUCUGACGAGGAGGAAGGGGACCUGUGCCGAAUCUGCCAGAUGGGGGAGGAAUCGUCAUCCAACCCCCUGAUUCAGCCUUGUCGCUGCACAGGCAGCCUGCAGUACGUCCACCAGGACUGCAUUAAGAGGUGGCUUCACUCCAAAAUCGGCUCAGGCACAAACCUCGAGGCCAUCACAACGUGUGAGCUCUGUAAAGAGAAACUGCGCCUGAACAUCGACAACUUCGACAUUCAGGAGUUAUACAGGACACAUGUGCAAUCGGAAUAUGACGACUUCAUCAGCAGUGGUCUGUACCUGGUGGUGCUGCUGCAUUUCUGCGAGCAGAGGUUUUCAGAUGUCCUCGGAGCUGUGGAUGCGGCCGGGGUGAGAAAACGCGCACGACCACAGACACUUUCCUCAUGGUGGCAGUUUGCUAUUAUACAACCUGGUGAGAGUUCUUCAUGAACACAUGGACAAUCUCGAAAAUCCAAAUGGGGAAAGCGACGAGGAGGCGCGAGACAACAGGCCGUCUAUCGAGUUCUCUGACCUGGACGACGAUCUUGAAGAGGAGUACUAAUUGUGUGAAAACGGUGGAACGGUGGAUAACGAAAUAAAUAAAAGUGGGUCAGGUGAUUAUAAGUUGCAGGGCUGCUCCAUACAAUUAUGGUAGCUCGCCAAUUUCUUUUUUUUUUUUUUUUUUUUUUUUUACACAUGCUUAGACAUCGUCACGUUCAUCUGAAAUGCAACAGCAGUGAGAAACACCAGUCGCACAGAACACCUUUCUUUGCUGGUGGCUUUUGCAGAUAUGCAAACGUGGAAUGAACUAGUACAUGAAAUGUUUUUAGUUAAUAACGCUGUAUUUGUUUCUCUGAGAGUGCACUUUAUUCAAUUAUUAAAUAAAAAUGCAAGUCUUUUUAACUGUUAUGCCACAAGUGCUUUUAAAGAAGAAGACAGAAGUGAAAGCUGAUUAAGCUGUGACGGGACGAUGAUGCUUUUGGGAGAGAACGUAAACUGUUGUGGUUGUCCCUUGUGUCUGUUUUCCUCUGAGAAUAUGAUUUGGAAAGAUGAAUGCUACCCCAUCGACAACCUUUCUCCGUCAUUGUUUCAUAAAAGCUAUGUAUAAACCUAAGUUUCACGCUUUUCAAUUUGGGAAUAAAGAUUGAUUUCAAAUUGC